GCCUGCGCUCGGCGCUCGGCGCCACUGGGGCGGGGGCUCAGCGAGUGUCAGGGCGAGGGGGCGGGACUUCCGCAGGAAGCUGGCUGGGGCGUUGUGUUGUGGGAUGGCCUCGGCGGCUGGUCCUGGAUAGGGAGGCUGUGCUAGGUCUGCCUCUCGCUGGUGGGGUAGCGAAUGCCUCACGGGGCCUAGAGCUAAGCUGAGGAGAUGUGCUGGGCGGAGCGAACGGCCGGCGGGGCUCGGGUCGGCGCCUGAAGGGCCAGGGUCCGGGCUCGCUGGAGGCCCGAGGGGUGAAGUGUGCGUUCCUGCCUGGGGCCAGGCACUGCCGAGGGACACCCUCGCCUGGAGUGUUGUCGCUGACCACGUUUCCUUCACUCAGGCUCCCACCUCGGGACUAGAAGGAGCCCACGAGCUCCCCUCCACGGGUCCGUGGAAGCUGCCCCGUGACUGCUGGCGAAGAUGCCAUACCUUGGCUCCGAGGACGUGGUGAAGGAACUGAAGAAGGCUCUGUGUAACCCUCAUAUUCAGGCUGAUAGGCUGCGCUACCGGAAUGUCAUCCAGCGAGUUAUUAGGCAUAUGACUCAGGGCUUGGACAUGUCUGGUGUUUUCAUGGAAAUGGUGAAGGCCAGUGCCACUGUAGAUAUUGUUCAGAAAAAGUUGGUUUAUCUGUAUAUGGGCACAUAUGCACCUUUGAAACCAGAUUUGGCACUCUUGGCCAUCAAUACACUAUGUAAAGACUGCUCAGACCCCAACCCAAUGGUGCGAGGACUGGCACUCCGGAGCAUGUGUAGCCUCAGGAUGCCAGGUGUGCAGGAGUAUAUCCAACAGCCUGUCCUUAAUGGUCUGCGGGAUAAGGCUUCCUAUGUCAGAAGAGUGGCAGUCCUUGGCUGUGCCAAGAUGCAUAAUCUUCAGGGAGACUCUGAAGUGGAUGGUGCUCUGGUCAAUGAGUUAUACAGUCUCCUGCGUGACCAGGAUCCAAUUGUGGUUGUGAACUGCCUGAGGUCUCUAGAGGAAAUUUUGAAACAGGAAGGAGGUGUUGUCAUUAAUAAGCCCAUUGCGCACCAUCUCUUAAAUAGAAUGUCAAAACUGGAUCAAUGGGGCCAGGCGGAAGUAUUGCACUUUCUGCUCCGCUACCAACCCCGAAGUGAGGAGGAGCUGUUUGAUAUUCUCAAUUUGUUGGACAGCUAUCUCAAGAGCAGCAGCACAGGUGUGGUGAUGGGAGCCACCAAACUCUUCCUGAUCUUGGCAAAAAGGUUCCCCCAUGUACAAACUGAUGUGCUUGUACGAGUCAAGGGGCCCUUGCUAGCAGCCUGUUCUUCCGAGAGCCGUGAGCUCUGUUUUGCUGCUCUCUGUCACGUCCGCCAAGUCUUGCAUAGUUUGCCAGGUCACUUCAGCAGUCACUACAAAAAGUUUUUUUGCUCUUACUCGGAACCCCACUAUAUCAAGCUCCAGAAGGUGGAAGUGCUGUGUGAACUGGUGAAUGAUGAGAAUGUGCAGCAGGUUCUAGAAGAGCUUCGAGGGUACUGCACGGAUGUGUCUGCUGACUUUGCACAGGCUGCCAUCUUUGCCAUAGGUAGCAUUGCCAAGACUUACACAGACCAGUGUGUACAGAUUCUAACAGAGUUGCUGGGGCUCCGACAAGAACACAUCACUACGGUGGUGGUGCAGACUUUCCGAGACCUGGUUUGGUUGUGCCCUCAGUGUACGGAAGCUGUGUGUCAGGCCCUGCCCGGCUGUGAGGAGAACAUUCAAGACAGUGAGGGGAAACAGGCACUUAUUUGGUUACUUGGGGUCCAUGGAGAAAAAAUAUCCAAUGCUCCUUAUGUGUUGGAGGACUUUGUAGAAAACGUGAAGUCAGAGACAUUUCCUGCUGUUAAGAUGGAGCUGCUGACUGCACUAAUGCGCCUCUUCCUUUCGCGCCCUGCGGAGUGCCAGGACAUGCUGGGACGUCUGUUGCAUUACUGCAUAGAGGAAGAAAAGGAUAUGGCUGUACGAGACCGAGGUCUCUUCUACUAUCGCCUCCUGUUAGUUGGCAUUGAAAAAGUUGAGCAGAUCCUGUGUAGUCCUAAAUCCGACCCUUCUCUUGGACUUUUGGAGGAUCAACCAGAACGACCUGUGAAUAGCUGGGCUUCAGAUUUCAAUACACUGGUGCCAGUGUAUGGCAAAGCCCACUGGGCAACUAUCUCUAAAUGCCAGAAGGUAGAGCGUCAUCGUCUUGAGCUACCUCCCAAUGCAUCCUUGGCCAAACCAGGUCACUUGAUUUCUGAAGAGAACAAGCAAGGAAUACAAGAAUCUCUUGAUCCUGAAGCUCUCAUGCUGGUCCCCAAUCUCCAGCUUACUGCUGAGUAUUUUGAGAAAACAUGGCUUAACCUCAAAAUUACUCAUCAACAGGUGUUUCCUUGGCAGGGAGAAGUCCAGCCCGACACUCUCCAAAUGGCUCUAAAAGUAGUGAACAUUCAGACCAUCGCAAUGAGCAAGGCUGGGGCACAGCCCUGGAAAGCCUACCUCAGCGCUCAGGAUGAUACUGGUUGUCUCUUCUUAACUGAGUUACUGUUGAAGCCCGAGAACUCAGAAAUGCAAGUCUCUGUGAAAGAGAGUGAGGCAAGGACUGAAGCGCUGCAUGGUUUUGUUUCUGUGUUAGAAACUGUGAUCGGAACAGUUGGAGACAUAAAAUCCUAAGAGCCCUGCUGCGUGCCUUGCAGUGAGGAGCUCUGUUUAGCUUCUGUGAACAAGUGGCUUGAUGAUGUAAUAUAAAUGAAUACUUGCUUAUCUUUUAAAAUCCCGAGGGCACCUCAUUGCUGUCUUCCUAAGAACAAUGAUCCAAUCUCAGCCUUAGAUGAUAGGUAAGCAUUAUGUAUCUCAUGAAAAACAUUGCAAAAGCAAUCAUUUUUAUGUUAACUGACCAUAGUUUUAUUGCUAUGGACUAAUGACAAUUAUAUAUCUUUUUGUUCCCUCUAUUUGGAUGAGGGUUCUAGUUAUUUUUUUUUUCAGCUACUAGAUGUUUUGGGGGAGAAAGGUAGCAUGACUUAUUUUCUUAGACGUUUCCGUAUUACGAGAGCCUAUACCUGAGGAUUCAUCUACAUACACUUGGUGUUGCAGAUGAAAGAACAUGAACUUUGGGCCAGGAACCUAUAAUGAGACAAGGCUUUGAGGGGACUGAUGUCAGCUGUUAACGGUUAGGGGGUAGCAAAAACAACAACAACAAAAACCUAACAACAACAACAACAAAAUGACUAACUAUGAAAGUGGUAUGGCCUCAUCAUUUUUCAGUAAUGAAUAGGAACAUGGUAUGAGGACUGCAAGGGCGAAGGGAAGUGGGCUGCAGGGAAGGGAUGGUUUGGGAUGGAGCUGCAGUGAAGGUCCAAAGAAGUAAAUAAGGCAUGACGAUUUAUUCUACAAUAUCCCUGAGAGCCUAGACUCUUUCCAUGGCCUUAUUGUUUAUACAGUAUUAAUUACAUAAGAUAAUGCAAAGAAGUUGAGAUUACAUUCCAAGGAUGACAUUUACCUGUAAGCAUAUCAGUGCUGAAAUGGAAAGAUGGUUUACUAUUGUGAGAAAAGCUUGUGUUUGAGGUAAAACAGACUUAAUUUUUAUUAUUUAGGGGGUGUAUAUGUGUUUGAGUGCAUGCACACAUGUGCAGAUACAUAGGCAUGUUUGUGCAUACCUGUCUAGGCCAGAGAUCAGUAUUAGAUGUCUUCCUCAAUUGUUCUCCGCCUUACCUUGUUUUUUGUUUUUGUUUUUCAAGACAGGGUUUCGGGCUGGAGAGAUAGCUCAGUGGUUAAGAGCA